UGACUGGCAUCAGGUUUAUUAUUUUCUUAAUAUACAUCAUAUUAAAAAACAAAAUAUACACAUACACACACGCUUAUCACACUGAAGAUGCGAGAUGAAGAAAGAUACAUGACAUUGAACAUGCAUUUGAAAAGAAGGAGGUCGAUCCAAACAUCUGAACUUACAUAUAAAGAUUGUUCUGUGAUGUUGCACUGGUAUAAAAUCUUAUUGGGAAUAUCUGGAACAGUAAAUGGUAUUCUGGUUUUGACUUUUAUCUCCCUGGCAUUGUUGGUUUCUCAAGGAGUGUUGCUAAAUUGUCAAAAAGGAAAUAAUUCAAAUAACACCCAGGAAGAUGUUGGAAAACUGAAAAUGAAUAAUGACACAGGAGGAAAUAUAAAACAUGUAGACGUGGGCCACUGUGUUUCAAGUGCUGCAGGCCGUAGAGGAUCAUGCCCAUCAGAAUGGCUCAAAUAUCAAGAAAAGUGUUAUUGGUUCUCUAAUGAGUUAAAAAGUUGGCGUGACAGUUAUAGGUAUUGUUUGGGGAGAAAAUCUCAUCUAUUAAUCAUUCAAGACCAACUUGAAAUGGCUUUUAUACAAAAAAACCUAAAACAAUCAAACUACGUGUGGAUUGGGCUGAACUUUAUGGCUCAGAAGAGGACGUGGAACUGGGUGGAUGGUUCUCCAUUAGCUUCAGAGAUAAUCUUCAUACAAGGAACAGCUAUGGAAAACAGCUGUGCUGCCAUCAAAGGAAACAAAAUUUACUCUGAAACCUGCAGCGGUGUUUUCAAAUGGAUUUGUCAAUGUUAGAAUUUUAAAAUAUUAAGAGUGGAGUAAUCAAUGAUCAACUUUUUUGCCUAUUAGGUUCUAAUAUUCAUCUUGAUGAGUAAGAAUUUAAAACUGCAAUUAAACACCAAAAUUUUUUCUCUAUUUUCCCUUCAUCACCUACAUUGACCUAGCCUUAGAAUAACCCCUGUUAAUCUAAACUAUACCUUUUCAAUUUUUAAUAUUAAGUGUAAGCCUAUGCAUUUAUAUUAAGGAUUUUUAUUCAUUUUUUCAUUUAUAACAAAUGUUAUUAAUGAUGUCUGCUUUUUGUAUUUUGCUUUUUAUUAUUAACAAUGCCCUGUGAAAUUUUAUGUAGAUCUGAAUUGCAUUAUAGUGUGGAAUUAUAGAUUCUUUACUCCUUAAGUGAUG